AUGGCGUAUGAAACUUUUGUGCAACCUGCAAUUCCUCGUUUUUAUGGUCAUUAUGACCAUUGGAGCAUGUUGAUGGAGAAUUUUAUAAGAUCCAAGGAGUAUUGGCAUCUUAUAGAGGAUGGGGUUAAUGAACCAGUUAAUAGGGUUGCGUUAUUAGCUUUGACUCCUGAAAACAAGUCGAAGUUGGAUAAAGAAAGGUUAGCGGAUCUGAAAUUGAAGAACUAUUUGUUCCAAGCAAUUUAUAGGUCAAUCUUGGAAACUAUUCUUGACAAGAGUUCUUCAAAGUCAAUCUGGGAUUCGAUGAAGAAAAAAUAUCAAGGAACAGGGAAGGUUAAAAGAGCUCACUUACAAGCAUUAAGGUCAGACUGGGAAGUUCUGAGAAUGAAGGUAGGUGAAUCUGUUUCUGAUUACUUGGCUAGGGCAAUGUCAAUCGCAAACAAGAUGCGAAGCCAUGGUGAAAAGAUGGAUGACGUUGUUAUCAUCGAGAAGGUUUUGAGGUCCAUGACGUCGAAGUUUGAUUAUGUUGUUUGUUCGAUUGAAGAGUCACAUGAUGUUGAUACUCUUUCAAUUGAUCAACUAACAAGUUCGUUGAUGAUUCACAAGAAAAGAGUCAAUCAACAUGAAACUGUUGAACAAGCAUUGCAGCUGCAGCACUCCAAUAAUGGCAAUUCUUCAAAGAAGAAGGACAAAGAGAAAGAUGAUGAGACAGAAAUAAGUUUGUUAAUGGCAUGUCAUCACCAAGAAGAGAUUGAUCAUCGAAACGAUAUGUGGUACUUGGAUACAGGUUCAAGGAAUAGGAGAUAUCAAAUUUCAAGCCAAAAACAACACUCAACAAGUCAUCUCAAAUGCAAUCUACUAAAUGUCGGCCAACUCUUAGAAAAGGGAUAUGAACUGACUUUUAAGAAUGGAGUUUGCCGAAUUGAAGACCCGAAGAGAGGCUUAGUUACCCAGUAUAGUGAACGAUCCAUCGUGGUUAUGGCAUCUUCGCUAUGGACAUCUGAAUUUCAAGGAGACUCGUUUCUUAAGGAAAGUAAAUGGCGAGCUAAGAAGGUGUUGGAGUUGGUUCAUACCGAUAUAUGUGGGUUGGUCACACCAUUGUCAAACGAUAACAAGCGGUAUUUUAUUACCUUUACUGAUGAUUUUAGUCGCAAAACUUGGGUUUACUUUUUGAAUGCAAAAUCAGAAGCUUUUUCUGUAUUCAAAGAGCUUAAGGUUCUUGUUGAGAAAGAUGCAGGGUGUCUCAUUAAGACCUUAAGGUCAGAUCGUGGUGGUGAAUAUAAGUCUAAUGAAUUUGCUGAUUUUUGUAAGAAAGAUGGCAUCAAACGGAAAUUUACAGCAGCUUUUACCCCACAGCAGAAUGGUGUAGCGGAGCGUAAAAAUCGUACAAUUUUGAAUAUGGUGCGUAGCGUACUGUACACAUCUGGAGUUCCCAAGAAUUUUUGGCCUGAAGUUGUACAGUGGAGUGUUUAUGUGCUGAAUAGAAGUCCUACACAAUCAGUUAUAAACAUGACUCCAAUCGAGGCGUGGAGCGGUGAAAAACCUUGUGUAUCACACUUGCGGGUAUUUGGUUGUAUCGCUUAUGCCCAUGUGCCGGAUGAGAAGCGGAAAAAGCUUGAUGAUAAAGGGGUAAAAUGUGUUUUUCUUGGUUAUAGUGAUGUUUCAAAAGCUUACAAGUUGUUUGAUCCUAUAACAGAAAAAAUUAUGACCAGUCGAGAUGUUGUGUUUGACGAAACUCGCUUCUGGAAUUGGAAGACUAAUGAUGUUGGUGAGUUCAUUCCAGUUGAAGAUGAUUUUGUAGGCAGUACAAGUCCAGAAAUCCAUACUCCUGUUAUUUCACCUCCAAGCUCACCAGAACCGCAGCACAUCGCAACACCAAAUGCUCCUACAGAACAAGGUUCUCCAUCAAGCUUACCUACUUCACCUGAGUCAGAAACUUCUCAACCAUCUGUUGCAGCGUCAAGACCUCGUCGCACAAUUAAUAGACCUUCUUGGAUGGAAGAUUAUCAACUACAAGUUUCAGGUGAUGAUUCUUCUCAAAUUCACCUUGCUUUAUUUGCUGGCAGUGAUCUUGUGAGCUUAAAGAUGCUGUUCAAGAUCCAAAAUGGCUUGUAG